AUGAUACAACGUCUUCGUUUCUAUCAAAUACCAUGGUCUCAUUACUGUGACAAAGUUCGUUGGGCGUUGGAUUUGAAAGAAAUUCCUUACGAACUGAUCAAUUAUAAUCUGUUCGGAAAAACGACAGGUUUAGAACGAGCACCCAAAACAAUGCCUAAGCUAAUGCCGAUGCUUGAAGAUCCAAAUAAUAAAGAUGAUAAUCAAUUUCAAUAUGAUUCAACACCAAUUUUAGUCUAUUUAGACACUCAAUAUCCUCGAUCGUCUGUUUCCCUUUUCCCAUCAUCAAGUGAACAACGUGAACAAAUGAUUGAUACAUGUUUACGUCUUGAUUCGACAUUAGGUCUUUAUGUACGUCGUAUUGCUUAUGUUCAAAUACUCAAAGAAAGUCCACAUAUAUUGUCACUUGUACUUCGUGAAAAGUAUUCAUGGGCAAAUAAUCCAGAUGAUAUUCGCUCACAUUUAAUUAGUCCAUUCAUCGCUUGUUUUAUAAUUGCUCGAUAG